CUAUCUGUGUGUAACACGUCCUCUCUUCGAUGAUUUCACAGGAUGCGACAGUACCUGGCAACCCGGAGACGCAAACUGUGUCGACUGCCGGGCGACGUAAGCGCGAAGGAGAAAAAAAAGGCCGGAGCCUAUUUGUGUCCGUGGCUUCUUUUUUCUUUUCUUUUUUUAUUCCCCAACGCCCGAAGCCUCUUUUGUCUCCACGCCGGGUCGACGGGUUGUCGUCGAGUCUGCCUGUUGCCUGUUGCUCGUCGCUCCGACCCGUUUCUGUCUUUCUCCGUCUGCGCCGUGAUGACAGGUGCUCGUGGGAAGGAGCGCACGGGAGGAUGACGCCUGUCGCUGCUGUCGCUCGAUGCACAAGGUGCGUUAGGGAGGAUUCUGUCUUUGUUUUCAUAUUGUUUAUGCAUUAGAGACAAAGAGGCGUUGACGAGAAAGAACAACCCCCCCCCCAAAAAAACCCCAUCUCAACAAACAGACACAAAAUGAGGACGCGUGCGCUUUCUGAGAAUCGUCGAUAAUAAUUAAUCCUCGGAGGGAGGGAGGGGGUGGGGGGCAUCUUAAUUGGUUAAGGGGUUUUAAGCAACGCGCCGCCUCGUUGAAUCGGUGAUGUCCUACAUUCGCGUGUGGUGAGCGGGCCGGUGUGUCUGGUGCUGUCGGCGGGCUGCAGGGCGACUGUCCGGCACCACAGUGAAGAAGAUGGUGUUCCGGAGCGAGGAGAUGUGCUUGGCGCAAUUGUUUCUGCAGUCCGGCUCCGAAUAUGACUGCAUCAGCGAGCUCGGAGAGCUGGGGCUGGUCGAGUUUCGAGAUCUCAACCCGAGUGUCAGCUCGUUCCAGCGGCGCUUCGUCAGCGAAAUCAAGAGAUGUGAGGAGAUGGAGAGGAUUCUGGGCUACCUGCUGAGGGAAAUCCAAAAGGCUAAAAUAGCCGUUCCAGAGGAGGAUGAGAGUCCACUUGCUCCUCCUCCCCGACAGGUCCUGGAGAUCAUGGAGCAGCUCCAGAGGCUGGAGAUGGAGCUCAGCGAGGUGGCGAAGAACAGAGAGAAGCUGCAGAGGAACCGCCUGGAGCUCACCGAGUACACGCACAUGCUGAAGAUCACACGGACCUUCAUACACAGCCGCUCCAGACAUGAGGCUCUUGGUCCCCAGUAUGAAGAGUUCCCCACCAUGGAGACAGACUCGGUGACAGGAUGCACUGGAAUGCAGAGACUUGGAGCCAAGCUGGGGUUUGUGUCGGGUCUUAUCCAGCGGGUGAAGGUGGAGGCCUUUGAGCGCAUGUUGUGGAGAGUGUGUAAGGGUUACACCAUCCUCAGCUACGCAGAGUUGGAUGAGAACCUCGCCGAUCUCGACACUGGUGAGAUAAGCAAGAGUGUUGUGUUUCUCAUCUCUUUCUGGGGAGACCAGAUCGGACAGAAAGUUCAAAAGAUCUGCGACUGUUACCACUGCCACCUGUAUCCGCACCCGGAGAACGACGAAGAGCGGGCAGAUGUGUUGGAGAGCUUGAAGACACGCAUCCAAGACCUCAACAAUGUGCUGCAGCGCACUGAGGACUACCUGAGGCAGGUUCUGCAGAAAGCCUCCGAGUCGGCCUUCACAUGGGUUGUGCAUGUGAAAAAGAUGAAGGCGAUCUUUCACAUCCUCAACCUCUGCAGUUUCGACGUCACCAACAAGUGUCUGAUUGCUGAAGUGUGGUGUCCCGUCAGUGACCUGGCAAACCUGCGGGGGGCGCUAGAAAAGGGCUCGAGAAAAGGUGAUGCUACUGUACCCUCCUUUGUGAACCGCAUCCCGAGCACUGACACUCCUCCUACCCUGUUAAGAACCAACAAGUUCACCUCUGGCUUUCAGAGCAUAGUGGAGGCCUAUGGGGUGGGGGACUAUCGCGAGGUAAGCCCAGCUCCCUACACCAUCAUCACAUUCCCCUUUCUGUUCGCUGUGAUGUUCGGUGACCUGGGCCACGGGAUGGUCAUGAGUCUCUUCGCCUUGUGGAUGGUGCUGACGGAAAAAAAUCAAAAGAAAAAACGCUCCAGUAAUGAGAUAUGGGUGACGUUUUUCAACGGACGCUACAUCAUCCUGAUGAUGGGGCUUUUCUCCGUCUACACCGGACUCAUUUACAACGACUGUUUCUCCAAGUCACUCAACAUUUUUGGCUCUUGCUGGAGUGUGAAGGCUAUGUUCGCAAAUCAGCAGUGGACGAACAAAACGCUCCAAACAAACGCUUUGCUCACGUUAGACCCAAACGUCAGUGGUGUUUUCAGUGGACCGUACCCAUUCGGCAUUGAUCCUAUAUGGAACAUGGCCGUGAACCGACUGUCCUUCCUGAACUCCUACAAGAUGAAGAUGUCGGUUGUUAUUGGGGUCGUCCACAUGACCUUUGGAGUGGUGCUGAGCGUCUUCAAUCACUUGCACUUCCGACAGAAAUUCAAUAUGUAUCUGCUGUUUCUUCCUGAGCUGCUCUUCCUGCUCUGUCUCUUCGGAUACCUGGUCUUCAUGAUUUUCUACAAGUGGUUGGCAUUCGGUGCCCGGGACUCCAGCCAGGCUCCCAGCAUCCUGAUCCACUUCAUCAACAUGUUCGUCAUGCAGGGGACAGACAUCGCCCCUCUCUUCCCAGGACAGACUGGGCUGCAAAUCUUCUUAGUCGUAGUAGCGUUGCUGUCAGUUCCUGUGCUGCUGUUAGGAAAACCUCUUUACCUGUACUGGCUGUAUCGCGGAGGCAAAGGCCUGCGCAGACGCAGAGGUUAUGAGAGGGUGAGGCGUGUGAGCGAGGAUGACAAUUCCACAACGCCGUCCUACGAAGAUGAUGAAGAGGAGGGACUUGACGAAGUGAUCGGCAGAGAAGCUCUUCCCAAAGAGUUUGACUUUGCGGAUGUGCUCCUGCACCAGGCCAUUCACACCAUAGAGUACUGCCUGGGCUGCAUUUCCAACACUGCAUCCUACCUGCGUCUCUGGGCCCUCAGCUUGGCUCAUGCCCAGCUGUCAGAGGUGUUGUGGACCAUGGUGAUGCGCCUGGGUCUGAGGAUCACCACAAGAGUGGGGGUUCUGUUCUUGGCCCCUGUGUUUGGCCUCUUUGCCGUGCUCACCGUGUCCAUCCUGCUAGUCAUGGAAGGCCUGUCAGCGUUCCUCCAUGCUCUCCGCCUCCACUGGGUGGAGUUUCAGAACAAAUUUUACCACGGGACCGGUGUCAAGUUUAUUCCCUUCGACUUCUCCCUCCUGCCGUCUGUUUUUGAGCAAGAUGGCUUACUUUAAAAAGAAAAGAAAAAAAGAAAGAAAAAGGGACUCUGAAGUGGAUAUAAGUGCAGACUUUAUCAUUGGGGAGGAUGCUGGAAGCUGGAACAAUUCACACUGUGACAACAAAUCUCCGAGACAAUGGAUUGAAACUCACUCUUGUAGCAACAUUUUUCACCAUGACAAUUUUUAAAAUCUUAUCGGCUGUGCUGACUGCCUUACUACUAUACCCAGCAGACCUCUGAAUAUACAGCGGCUAAAAACUUUAUGUUUUAUUUAAUUUUUUAGGUGAGAUAUCGCUCAACAUUACUUGGUACACCAGCUGGGUUCAUUUAAAUAUUAAAUUUGCAUUGUGCUGCGUAAAACUGUUUUUGUAUUAUUUGCAACAUGGUAUUUAAAAUUAUACAGUGCAAUGUAAAGUUUAAGUAUGUCACAACAACAAGCUACCAUGUCAAGCGUCCUGAUGUAGUGCCAUAGAGAUUUAUUUCUCAGGAUGAUAUGGGGAUGCUUCUUUUUUUUUUUUUAAACUGCUCCUUCAUGUGAUGAAAGAAAGUCAAAAUCUAGAAAAAAAACACAUUACAACCCUUUUUGAGGCAUAUUGUCACAAAGCACUUUGCAGAAAUGAUUGUACAAAUUUAAAGUUUUCACUAAUGACUGUGAUGAUGCCAAAUGAAAAUCAACUGUUAGCUGUUUGCUUCCUUACUUAGUAAUGCAUUUAUUUAAAUGGAACCUGCCCUGUAACCGAUAUCAGAUACUCCUGAAAAAAGUCAAGAGGCCUUAGGUCUUUCUUUGGUGAUACUGCUUAUUAUAUUUGUUAAAGGUUAUAUAUACAAGAUUUUAGAUUUUAAUAUAGCUGCCACAAACCUUUUUCAAUGUAAAGAUAUAGUGGAUUCAUGGCAUCCUGAGCAGAGAAUGUGUGUGUUGUGAUCUGAACUUCUCUGUUUUUGGAAGCCGGUCCGUUUGUUAAUGUCAGUCCUUAUGAAAAUUGUUACUCAAUGCUUCAUUGGCAGCAAUGUAUAGAUGAUACCACACCGCUAUCACCGCAGCCCCACCAAUAUCUUUUAAAAACACACUUACCAACCAAAUCGUCUCACCCUUUGACCAAGACACUGACAGCAUCACAGUCCAGAGGAUGAGACAAAUUAAUUAUACCAAUCUGAACAGCAGCUCAUUGGAAUUUUUUUUUAUUUUAAUUUUUGGCUGUCCUGUACACAGGUUGACGUUACACACUUGUGAUUCUGGAUGUGUGAUAUGAUGUCGCACUGAGAUGUGGCAACACCUUGCUGAGAACACAAAGGGAGGGGGAGGGGAGGCUGACAAAGCAUUUGUUUUGGUCUGAGAUGCUUACGCCAAUGCGACCUCUAGUGGCAGUGAAUAUCGUAUAUGUAACCUUUAAUGAUGAUUAUUCAUGGUAUUUAUUUAAAUUAACGUCUGUACAAGAGUCUAAUAUUUUACCAUUUUGAUGUGUUGUUUUGAGAAAUGCAAGCAAAUAAAGCACUCGUGUCCAAUGCCA